GAAAGGGUAAAUUUCUCCUCAAGGGUGACUUUCAGUGUAAUACCUGGGGACAACUGAACUCUCUCCCAAGGGAAGCUCCUGGCGCGCCCGCGUAACCCUUCUGAAAGCCCUUGGCUGGUUUGCAAGUCUUCAAGGCAGUUCUGGAAAUUUCUGCCUUGGUAUCUCAACCACUUGGGAAUAAGCACUGAAACCACGAGUCCUGAAACAUCUUGAUUUGGUGAGAAAUGAACCCUGAUUCUGCGCUGGUGGGGUCCGGUUUCCCUAAAACAUUACAGUUUCUUUAAGACGCUCAACUUGGGAAGGAACCACAAGGCCAAUGAAUCUUUGAAAGAAUUAAGCAAGAGCCCCUAGCAAGACUGCCUCUGACCUGACCAUGUACCCCAAUCCUCUCAUCUACUGCACCUGCUGGGACCCCUGGAACUUGGGUCCACGGAAGCUAAUCAAGACCCCUCAUCCACUUCCAAAGGCCUCCAUAAGAAAGCCAAUUUUCCCUGCACCAAUUUCAAGAGAACCAAACUACCUCCUGUCCCAACCAGCAAAAUCUACUGCUUUCCCGAGAGACAAAGCCCAGUCAAGAAAGCUGGAGGAGAGCAACAAAGCACCUUCAGAAGUGAUAGAAGUGUCACCUGGCUAUAAACUUGUUCGAAAUCGGGAGCAGAUUUCAGUCACCUUGGGAGAUGAGAUGUUCAGUAGGAAAAAACACCUGGAAUCGGGCAUCUUGAGCAAAGUCAAAAUUUCCAGGUCUGAUAUCAUUUCUGACCUUGAGGAGCAGAUCUCUGAAUUGUCAGCAAUAAUAGAACAAAUGAACAGAGACCACCAGUCUGCCCAGAAACUGCUCUCCAACGAGAUGGAUCUCCGCUGUGCUGACAUGAAACAGAAGUUUGAAACGGAGAGCAGGGAACUCAAACAGACUCACAAAGAGCAGCUUGAGAAGUUAGAGAACAGCUACAAGGAAACCUUGAAGGUAGAAAAGGCUGCUGCCCAAGAGAAAUUAGAUGAGAUGGGCAAAGAAUAUAAGUAUCUGAAGAAUAUGUUUCACAUGUACCAGGAUAGCAUUUACGAUGAAAUGGAAGACAAGUGGUCAAGGCGGAAGGCAGAAUGGGAGAAGGAUGAGAAGAUGGAACGGGAAAAGAUCCUGCUACAGCAAAAACACAGGAUAACAAAAAAGUUUGAGUUAGAGUCAGAAGAAGAAAAAAGGAAAAUGAACGAGUCCUUCAGUACUGUUAUGGAGAACUUCACUCGAGAAAAAGAGGAGCUCAUACGACAACAUAAUGAAGAUAUCCUGCAAAUGCAGGAGCUGAGAAAAGCCAAAGAGAUCUUGGAGGCUGAGUUGCGGACACAAGCUGUUGUUCUGGAGACCCUGAACACAAGCCUUUACCACUGCCAGAUAGAACUCCAGAGAGAGAAAACUAUGGCGGGAAAUCUAGAGAAACUGUUCCAGACGAAGCUUGCCGAAGCUGAAGAAAAAUAUAAGUCUACCAUACAAGUCCUGACGGAAGAAAAUAACAGCCUCAGGCAAAAGGUGUUAACCAUAAGCACAAAUGAGGAAAUCUUUGAAGAAAGAUCUGAGAAGUCAUCCUCUGCUAGUCCUAACAUAUAUGAGUCCUGAACACAGCAGCCACAGAAAGCAAGCUUCGUAGGUAACAAACUGCCCCCAUGCCUAAGCAGCACCACCCUGGGAAGAUACAGACUCCGGAAGACUUCUCUGGAAAGACGCACAGGAAAGGUUAAAUUCUUGAGUUGUUCUGGCUACGUUUGCCUUUUAUUUCUUUAUUUUCAAUUUGCUUUCUUCAGAAUGGUUAGAAAUGUUUGAAUGCUUAUCUCAAUUAUAUCGUGGCUCUUCCCUGA